AUGGUUCGAAAUGAGAACCUUGCCAUCGCCGACCGCCUCUACUCGCCAUCCGACAAAUGGCACGGUUGCACAAUUCCCUCAGGCUCGUUACGGAUUGAAGCCAAGGGUAAACAUAAAUAUGACUCUCCGGCUGGCUUCGGUGCCUUUCUUGGGCGUGAACCCAAUUGCACGCUCGAUACUUGGAAAAUACAAAAUUUUGCAACCCAGCGCGAGCAUUGUUUUCACGAUGUCCAGCUCCUCCCCGAUGAACUGCCUCAGUGGAACUCUACGGUCAAGCGUUGCACACAAACUUCUACACUUUCAAGCUAUACCAUUGUCCCCGACAAUUGGUAUCAUCUGGACUCCGCUACUACAGCUUCAGUACCGCAUGUUCCUCUCCUGCCGCCAGCCGUCGCGACCUCACCUUCUACGUCUCCACUUGCGUCCGCGCCACCUUUACUCGCCCUUCCCCCGGUUUUUGCCCCUCCAUCCUACAUCGUACCCAGCUCGACUCGUCUACCUAUACAACACCCACCUUCUCCUCGUGUCCAUACACCAGUUGAUAAUAUGUCUCUCACGGCACGUGACGGUUCUGACCAAUUCGAUACUGAUGAUCUCGAUUUCCCCCACUCCCCACAAAGCUCUCAAUCAUCUGUUACAAUUCUCGACGACGACCUCUUCGAUGACGGAAUUGACUCGCCCCAGGACCUAUCUGAUAGCUCUGGCACCCCAUCUCCUUCGGGUAUCGAGUCUACUGCUGAGCUCAGCGAUUACUCCGCCGACGUUGACUUCCUUCACUCUGCUCAUCUGUUCGCACGUUCAGCAACCAUAGACCUUACCAUUAUCACCCCCCCCCCCCCCCCCCUUAGCUAUCGGCCCUUCUAG